AUGGUGGUCCUGGUCCUCCACUGCGUGAUAUUUAUGGCUGGGACUCUGGGCAACGGUGUGGUCAUCUAUGUGACAGGCUGCAGGAUGAAGAGAACAGUCCACUCAGUGUGGUUUCUCAACUUGGCUCUGGCUGACUUCCUCUUUACAGCCUUCCUGAUUUUCAAGAUCAUUACUGUCUCUCAGGAACAACAAUGGCAAUUUGGAAAAUUCAUGUGCAAGCUCUUCCACUUUGUGAGUUUAGUCAACAUGUUUGCAAGUAUCUUUCUUCUGACAGCCAUAAGUCUGGACCGUUGCCUGUCGAUCUGGGUGGUGGUGUGGGCACACAACAAGCGCACCGUUCGCAAAGCCCAGGUCAUAUGCGUUGUCAUCUGGAUGACUGCUGCAGUCUGCAGCACCCCUGAUGCCACCUUUCAGCAGUUUGAGGUCAACGAGGGGAAGAUUUACUGUUCUUAUUUUGAACCCACAACACCAUUUUGGAGUCUCUACAUGUUUCGCUUUGUCAUGGGCUUCCUCAUCCCUUUCCUGGUAAUAUUGGUCUCUAAUGUGGCCAUAGGUGUUCGUACAGGGCGCAUGCAGACGACCAGGAAACAGAGAUCUCGCCGAAUCAUUGUCGCUAUCAAUGUGGCAUUCUUCAUCUGCUGGUUGCCAUUACACAUUCAUUAUAUAAUAGAAUUAAAUGCCCAGACUAACCCAGAUCUCUGGAAGAUUGUUGAAAUUGGGCGUCCUCUGGUUCAUAGCCUCGCUUUUUUGAACAGCUGCCUGAACCCCAUUCUCUAUGUUUUCAUGUGUGAUGAAUUCCAGAAGAAGCUCAAGCAGUCCAUAUGCUUUGUCCUAGAGAGUGCCCUGGCAGAGGACCACUUGUCACUCAUGUCUUCUCGCAGCUUGUCGCCACACUUUUCUCGGGUAACCCGGAAGUCUGACUCUACUGCACCCGUGGAGAGGCAAGGCACAUCCACUUCUUUGAACUCAGAAGAAAGCAAAGUGGGCAUCACUGUGGAGAGAGAGAGAGAGACGGGCAGCACUGAUUAGGACUGCCAUCACAGGACGUGUAAAUCUAAUGUGUCCACAUCAAACUUAGGGAGAAAAGAGCACAAACAUGUUUGUUACAAAUAACAUGUUGAAUUGAUUUGGUCAGUACAUCUGUGAAUAGAAAAAAAAUUGUUUAAAUAUUUGCUAUGUGUGAUUUCAGUGGGUUUAUUUUGGAUUACAGCCACUAAUACUCACAAUCAGGUGUCUACAAUUAUGGUUGAUAAAACAUCCUCAUUGACUCCCUUGUUACUUAUGUU